AUAUCUCGUGUAUUUCAUCGUUUAUCGUAAUGUGAACGUGAGGGGAUAGUUUUAACACCAAAUAUUGAAUUAUAUUCAAUCGUACACAUUGUUUAGAGACGUUACCGACUCCAACCCAUCCUGCGCAACGUGACGCGCUACAGUACGUCUGCAGCCUCAUCUUCAUUCGGCUAGCAGGAAGUAUGUUGAAUAGGUGGGAAGAAAAAAGACCGAGAAGAACCAAAGUCGGUGGUUGAUCUAGGGAAAAAAAUCCAAAUGGCUAGUCAAUGAACGUGUUAAUUUCGCGCGCUCAGAUAGGGUAUCGAUCACCCCACUCAUUUACGUCUCGGAACGGAUUUGUAACAGGUUAGAUGUAGGGUGCUACAAGGUCAAAGGGGAAAACUGCAUAAUGGUAUUCCAUUCAGACAAAAUGUAGAUCUGCUCCAAGUGACCAGUCACUGCCUGGACGCACACACACUGCGCUGCUCUUGCGGGGUUGGAAUUGAAUGGCCAAGAGGAGAGAAUAUCUGUGAUUCAGUGCCCAAGCCGAGGAGGACAACGAAGACCCGGUGGAAGACGAGAGGGACUACGGACUAGCCCAGGACCUGUCCGACACGGGCUUCCGGAGUCACCUGAACAACAGCGGGAUGAUGGGCCACGACCACGACGGCCAGAACGACAAGCAGAAAUCACCCGGAUCCGAAGACGCCUGGGACCGCCCGUUCAAGUGUGACCAGUGUGACCGCACCUACAGACACCACGGUAGCUUGGUGAACCACAAGAAAUCUCAUCAGGAGGGUGCGUUUAAGUGCACCAUUUGUUACAAGCAGUUCAAUAACUUAGCAGCCCUAAGCGCGCACGAGCGCACCCACUCCAAGUUCAAGCCCCCGGGCCUGUCCAUGAGCGGCGGCCCCCUCGGCGACAACCAGAGCGACAGCCGCGGCCCCCAAAGCGACGACAUGGCCUCCUGCUUCUGCCACCUCUGCCAGGUAGCCCUGCCCAACAAAAAUGACUUCCAAGAGCACAUUCUCUUGCAUAACGCAGCCUCCUCCUCACUGGGGCUGACCCGGGGGUUCCCGGGCAUAGUGCCACAUAACCUGAGCACUGUCCGCUCCCCCGGCGUGCACCCAUACACCCCCACCCUGGGGGACCCCCUGCCGCUGCCCCCCCUGUCCGACAAGCGCUAUGACCAGAUGCUCGGCCCCCCUGUUAACAACCCCAUAUACACAUGUGCAUACUGCGGGGCGGGCCACCCCGACCUGGAGAGCCUAAAAGUUCACUACCUGACCCAUGACCCCCAUCCCCCGCCUCAUGCGCAGGAGGGCCCCUCGAUCCUGAGCACCGACAGCCUGGGCUCCAACUCCCAGCCCUCGGUGUCGUCCCCCGGAGCAGGUGAGUCCCGUGGGCAGCAGCAGCAAUCGUCCUCGGUGGACGACGGCGACCGUAGGUUUAAGUGCCAGGAGUGUGGCAAGAGCUACCGCCAUGCUGGCAGCCUGGUGAACCACAAGCGCUGCCACCAAACGGGGCACUACCAGUGCACCAUCUGCUGCAAGCAGUACCCACACCUGGCUGCCCUGCACAGCCACCUGCGCAGCCACAAGUCCCGGCCCACCACGCAGGGCCUCAACAACGAGGGCGACUGGCUGUCACCCGAGCCCCUCACGCUGGACUCUCAGCAGGGCUUUGUGCACUCCCAGGACCACGGCAGCGGUGCCACCACCCCCAUCUCCCUGCCGGGCAACCUGGGCGACGCCGCCCACUUUGUGCCCGAUGGCGGCCACAGCAGUGGCCUGGACUCACUGGAGUUCCACGACCGCUUUGACGGCUCGCUCUCCCAGGGCAACUCCGGCCACUCGCCACUGCCCCAGAGCCACCGGCAGGCCGACCGGCACAUGUGCGCCGACUGCGGCGAAAUGUACUCUGACAUCUCGGGCAUCAAGUCCCACAUGUGCCCCCAGCGCCGCCAGCAACAGGGUGGCAUGUCCAAUGGCUACAUGGGCUACCACGGGCAGGGUGGAUCCAUGCCCAGUGGCAGCAUGAAAGACUCUGGCGGCCAGCGCCGCGGCCAAGACCAGAUGCAGUACAGCAGCGGUGGCGGAGGGAGUGCCGCUGGGGGAGCCGGUGGCCCCUCCCAUGGAAGCGGGCAUAGUGCCGGCGGCAGUGGUGGCGGUAAGCGCAUGGACAACAAGGGCGGCGAGGAUGACGACGACGGCGAGGUGUACCAGUGCUCUGUGUGCGGCAACCACUACGCCAGCCUGCGGGCACUCCGGAGCCACUUGCGCAGCCACGGCACCGUGCAGGGCGGCAACCAGGGCGCCGGGCCGUCCGCCCUCUCCCCUACCAGCGAGCAGGAGUGGCGCAGACGCCAGGAGGGCGGCGAGGGGGGCCUGAUGAUCUGCAGCACCUGUGGCCAGAGCUUCUCCCGCAAGCAGGACCUGGUCAACCACCAGCAGCUGGUCCAUGGCAUCACACGGCCAGACGGCGCCAGCAUGAGCACUAGUGCCUCCACCAGCAAUGGCAAAAUGGACGGAAGCCGGAACCACAUUUGUGUGGACUGCGGCAUGUUCUUUGCCGACCGCCACCACCUGAUCACACACUUGUGCCCAGGCAAGGCCAGAGGCGGGGCACUGGGGAAAAGCAUGAACGGGGCAAAGGGCAUGACAGGGGGCGCUGGCACCAGCAGUGGGCUGCCCGGUGACCACAACCGGUCGAUUGGCGACGGCGAUCGCCCCCACAGGUGCGACCAGUGCGGCAGGAGCUACCGGCACCCUUGCUCUCUGCUUAACCAUAAGAAGUCGCAUAAGACUGGUGUCUUCCGAUGCCUGGUCUGCCAGAAACGCUACUACAACCUGCUGGCCCUCAAGAACCAUCAGAGGACCCACUUUGACCUUAAAAGUAGGCACAAGUGCGAGGAGUGCGGGAAGGCUUUCAAGAUCCAGAAGCAGCUGGUCAAUCACCUGAGGCUCCACGAGGAACACCGCGCCAAGAACCAAGCCCGCCAAGGCAUGAAUCCCAACGGGGGCCGCUACGAGGGGGGUCCGUCCCAGAUGCAGCCCAUGAACCAGGGACGGGUCCAGAACCCUGGGAAGUACCAGCACCAUGGCCAGCACGGGCAGCACAGCCAGCACGGCCAACACAUGCACCAGCAGCAGCAGCACGGCCAACACGGGCAGCACCAGGGCUUCAAGAAGCCCUACGAGGCGGCGGGCACCUCUCGCCCACCACAGCCCGACGACCCCGAGGGUCGGCGCCCGUUCGCCUGUGACCAGUGCGGACGCACCUACCGGCACGCCGGCAGCCUGGCCAACCACAAGAACCUGCACAAGACCGGCGAGUACCACUGCAAUGUGUGCAACUCCACCUACCCCAACCGGCUGGCCAUGAAGAACCACCUGCGCAUGCACUUCGCCAUGAAGAAGUUCACCUGCCCCGACUGCGGCCGCGGCUUCCGCACCCAGCGCCAGCUGGAGACUCACACCACCAACCAGCUGUGCAAGGACCUGCCAGGCACCAGCGGCCAGGGUCCCGUGGCUGACUACGAGUGUGACAGCUGCGGCGAGGGCUUUGCCACCGCCACUGAUCUGGCCUCACAUGACUGCGCUGCCUCCGGGAUGCCCUCGUCGUCGGCCUCCCUCAACAGCUCCAGCCUGAGCAUGGAGACUGGCGAGCUGGGCUCCCCCGAGCGGGACGAGCGCCCUUUCGCCUGCGACCUGUGCGGGUGCGCUUACAAGCAUGCCAGCAGCCUGCUCAACCACAAGAACACGCACAAGACGGGCAACUUCAGCUGCUCCUUCUGCGACAAGCCCUACACCAACUACAUGGCUCUGCGCAACCACAUGCGCAUCCACACCCAGAAGAAGCGGCACAUCUGCAACACGUGUGGCAAAGCCUUCCGCCUGGCCCGCUUCCUCCGCAACCACCAGAGGGUCCACGAGGAGGGCCACACCCGCUUCGGCUGCCCCAGCUGCGGGAAGAGCUUCCAGGGGAGGUCGGGCCUGGCCAGGCACCGCUGCGGGGACAACCAGGUAGGCAAGGAGGGCAGGAGGAAGGCCGCAUCAAGCGCGCGAGAGGGAGAAGAGUGCCGGUUCACAUGUGAACAGUGCGGCCGCUCCUACCGUCAUGCCAGCUCCCUCCUCAACCACAAGAACACCCACACCGUCGGCAUCUACCACUGCGCCGUCUGCCUCAAGACCUACUCCAACCUGCUGGCGCUCAAAAACCACCGCCGCAUCCACUCGGAGACGCGCCGCCACCGCUGCCCCGAGUGCGGCAAGGCCUUCCGCGUCUCCUCCCAGCUGCAGAACCACCGGCGCGUGCACCUCAAGGAGCGCGAGCUGGCCUGCACCCUCUGCCAGCGUAGCUUCCCCAGCCAGGCCAGCUUCCGCCUCCACCAGGAGAUGCAGCACGGCAUCGCCCGCAAGCAGCCCCAGCAGCAUCAGCACCACCACCACCACCACCACCCCCCACACUCCUCCUCCUCGGGCGGCGGGGGGAUGUCUCACGGAGGUGGGUGGUGGUGGCGGUGGCGGAGGGGACCUGGGCUGGGGCUCUGGGCUUGACCUCACUCUCAUGCAGGCCCAGGGCCUGGACCCCAACGGCCUCCCCAAGCUGACGCCUUCCCUGCACGGCCCCGGGGGUAGCGGCUCCGGCGGCCAGCCGUCCUCCCGCGGCCGUGACGGGGACGCG